AUGGCCGAUAUCAAGAUCGACGCCAAGCUCUUCCAGGAGCGCAUCAACCAUUUCAUCACCUCCUGGAAGAAUGACAAACGCGCCGGCGACCAGGUCUUCGCCGGCGUCUCCUCGAUCCUGGUCAUGAUGGGCAAGGUCGAGGAGAACCCCGAGUUUCACAAGAACAAUGCCAUGCACUUCUGGCUCCUAGGCUACGAGUUUCCGACCACGCUUAUGCUCUUCACCCUCGAUUGCCUCUACGUCGUCACCACUGCCAAGAAAGCCAAGCAUUUGGAGCAGUUGAAGGGCGGCAGAUUCCCUAUCGAGGUUCUUGUCCGCGGCAAGGAUGCCGGCGAGAACGAGAAGCUGUUCUUGAAGAUUGCCGAUGCCGUCAACGAGGCAGGCAACAAGGUUGGCGUCAUUGCCAAAGACACGUCAAAGGGCCCCUUCGUGGACGAGUGGAGGAAGAUCUUUGGCGAUAAGUGCAAGGAUGCCGAGGAGACCGACAUCUCUACUGCCCUCUCCACCGCUGCCUUUUCCGUCAAGGACGAGACCGAGUUGCGCGCUAUGCGAACGGCCUCCAAGGCCUGCGUUGCCCUCAUGAACCCCUAUUUCCUCGACGAGAUGUCCGACGUGCUUGACCAGGAGAAGAAGGUCAAGCACAGCGUCCUCGCCAACAAGAUGGACUCCAAGCUUGACGAUAACAAGUGGUGGAAGUCGGUCGAGCUCCCUAACAAGCAGAAACUCCCGUCCGACUUCGACCCUGCCCACCUCGAUUGGUAUCUCGGCCCCUCGGUGCAGAGCGGCGGCAAGUACGACCUCAAGUUCCACUCCGAAUCCACCAACGACAACCUCCACGCUGGUAUCAUCAUUGCCGGUAUGGGUCUGCGAUACAAGUCUUACAGUUCCGCUAUCGCUCGAACCUUCCUCGUCGACCCCAACAAGUCGCAGGAGAGCAACUACAAGCUACUGUUCGCGGUCCACAACCUGAUUCUCAAGGAGAUCCGAGAUGGCGUCACCGUAAGCGAUGUCUACAAGAAGGCCGUGGGCCUAAUCAAGUCCAAGAAGCCCGAACUCGAGAAGCAUUUCCUGAAGAACGUUGGUGCCGGCAUCGGCAUUGAGAGCAAGGAUACGACCCUGCUUCUGAGCGCCAAGAACUCGAGGACACUGAAGGACGGCAUGACUCUAUGCAUCACCACCGGCUUCCAAGAUAUCGAGAACCCUCAGCCGCAGGAUAAGCUUAGCAAGACAUACUCUCUGGUCAUUACCGACACGAUCCGCGUCACGCCUACCGAGGCCGUCGUCUUCACAGGCGACGCUCCCACCGAGCUGGAUGCCACCUCAUUCUUCUUCAAGGACGAGGAGGAUGAGAAGCCGACGCCCAAGAAGGAGAAGAAGGAUUCUCGCGUCGGUGCGGUUGCUACUAAGAACAUCACCAACACGAGACUCCGUUCAGAGCGCACGACACAAGUGGAUGAUGAGCACGACAAGAAGCGCCGAGACCAUCAGAAGGAGCUCGCCUCUAAGAAACAGAAGGAAGGCAUGGCCAGAUUCUCCGAAUCCACCAGCGAGAAGAAUGGCGCCGAAGUCAAGAAGUUCAAGAAGUUCGAAUCUUACAAGAGAGACAACCAGUUUCCCAGCAAGGUGAAGAAUCUGGAGAUUAUUGUCGACCAGAAGAACUUGACAGUCAUCCUCCCUGUUAUGGGCCGACCUGUCCCCUUUCAUAUCCACACCAUCAAGAACGCCAGCAAGAACGAUGAAGGCGAAUGGUCAUUCCUCCGAAUCAACUUCUUGUCCCCCGGUCAGGGUGUUGGUCGGAAGGAUGACCAGCCGUUUGAGGACGCUUCUGCCCAGUUUGUCCGCAGUUUGACCUUCCGCUCCCUUGAUGGUGACCGUUACGAGGAGAUUGCCACUCAGAUCUCCAAUAUGAAGAAGGAAGCUACCAAGAAGGAGCAGGCCAAGAAGGAGAUGGAGGAUGUUGUCGAACAGGACAAGCUCGUCGAAAUCAGAAAUCGCCGUCCUGCUGUUCUUGAUAACGUGUUCAUCCGCCCUGCCAUGGAAGGCAAGCGUGUUCCUGGUAAGAUCGAGAUUCACCAGAAUGGUAUCCGUUAUCAGUCACCUCUCAGCAGUCAACAGCGGGUCGACGUACUGUUUUCCAACAUCCGCCACCUCUUCUUCCAGCCCUGUGCCCACGAGCUGAUCGUGAUCAUUCACAUACACCUGAAGGAUCCUAUUCUUCUGGGUGGCAAGAAUAAGAAGACCAAGGAUGUGCAGUUCUACAGAGAAGCGACAGACAUCCAGUUUGAUGAGACUGGUAACCGGAAGCGCAAGUACCGGUAUGGAGACGAGGACGAGUUCGAGGCGGAACAGGAGGAGCGUCGCCGUCGUGCCGAGCUCGACCGCCUGUUCCAGAACUUUGCCACCAAGAUCGCAGAGGCUGGGAAGUCGGAGUCCAUCGAAGUGGACAUGCCUAUCCGCGAACUGGGUUUCAACGGUGUGCCAUUCCGCAGCAACGUCUACGUCCAACCGACCACCGACUGCCUGAUCCAAGUUACCGAGCCUCCCUUCCUGGUUGUCACCCUCGAUGACAUCGAGGUUGCUCAUCUGGAGCGUGUGCAAUUCGGUCUGAAGAACUUCGAUCUCGUCUUUGUCUUCAAGGACUUCACCCGCGCACCCGCGCACAUUAACACGAUCCCGGUCGAGUCACUCGAAGAUGUCAAAGAGUGGCUUGACUCUUCUGACAUUUCCUUCACCGAAGGCCCCCUCAACCUCAACUGGCCAACCAUCAUGAAGACGGUCACGGCCGACACGCACCAGUUCUUCCUGGACGGCGGUUGGUCUUUCCUUGCCAAUGACAGCGACGACGAGGAAGAGGAAGAAGAGGAAGAGGAGUCCGCCUUCGAGAUCAGCGAGGAAGAGCUUGAUGAGGCCAGCGAAUCGUCUGAAGAAGACUCGGACUUCGACAGCAAUGCGUCCGCCGAAGCCUCAGAGGAAGGCUCCGACGAAGACGACGAAGGCGAAGAUUGGGACGAGCUCGAAAAGAAGGCUAAGCGAAAGGACCGCGAGAGCGGCAUGGAGGAAGAGGACCGCAAGAGCAAGAAGCGUCGCCAUUGA